GGUGGCGGUAUUGUCCCUUUGACCGACAACUGUUACAAUCAGAGAAGAAGAACGUACUUCUGUUUCCGGUCAAACAUGGCGGCCUCCGUGUUUAAUCGAUGUGUAAAAGCAGCCUUGAAAGUUAAACGUGUAUCUCCGUCUCUUACAGCCAAACGAUGGUUGCUGUCUCCAGCUUACACAGACACCAAACUGUGGGAGGCGCGAGAAAAAGACCCACAGAAUCUGGCUGUUCUAGCCGAUCUGAUGGACCGAACGUACGACAGGAACCUUCCGGUCAGCUCGCUGACCAUUUCACGGUUUGUUGACAACAUAUCAUCUAAGGAGGAAGUGGACCAAGCGGAGUAUUACCUGUAUAAGUUUCGUCAUAGUCCGAACUGUUGGUACUUGCGAGAUUGGACCAUUCACGGUUGGAUCAGACAGUGUCUGAAAUAUGGAAGCCGAGAAAAGGCCCUGCACACUCUUAAGAACAAGGUCCAGUAUGGAAUAUUCCCUGAUGACUUCACCUUCAACCUGCUGUUGGAUUCUUACAUCAAGGAUGGAGACUUUAAAAGUGCGUGCUCUGUGGUUGAGGAGGUGAUGCUUCAGGAGGCCUUUGACCUUUCCUCCACACAAAUCCUGUCUCUGUACGCUCUGGGGAAUUUCUUCUCCACCCGACCACAACUCACUGUGUCAGAGGAGCGGAGCUUGGGGGCGUCGCUGCUCGUCUGUGGACAAGCGCAGAGCAACACGGUCGGCCUCAGCGCCCAGCUGUUGGGAAACGCUCUCCUCGGAAAGGUGGAGAUGCUAAAGGGCAUCCAUGCUGUUUUUAAGGGGAUGCCUCUCUCCUGGAACCGAGGGUAUGUGAGACGAGCUCUGGCUGUGAUGGAGAGAGUUUCUGCUGCUCCUGGUGACAUCAUGCUGUCCAAAGACACCCUGGAUUACGUAAACGACCUGCUGCAGGAGCUGUCCUCGACCCCGGAGACGGAUGAGUCCGGAGGGGAGUCGGGCGCGGAGGAAAACAAGGAACAGGAAGUUGUGGAUGAAGAUGAUGAAGCUGAGAAGGAUAACCUCCCUCACUACGUCAGCAGAUUUAAGGAGCUGAGGAGCCAGCUGGAGACUCUGAGUAAAGUCGAGUCUGCCCCCUUCCAGACUUUAGUGACCACGGUGGCCCAGCAGAACCUGGCUGAAGCGGAAAAGCUGGACCUGGAGCAGUACGAGGGCCGGAUUCGGGUCUGGGAGGCUGAAAAGAGGCAGCUGAUUCAGAGGGAGAAGGAGUUGAGGGAGAAGGCUGAGCAGGAACGACGGGAGCGGUUAGAGGCCAAGGCUGCAGCUCAGCAAGCUUAGAGACUCUGGAAAAGGAGCUAAGUGACCAUUUCUACGCUUUAACAUCACCCUUGUGUUAGUACACCCACACCUUUUGGUCCUGUAUCUGUAAUCUGUUGUCAAAAUAAAAGUGGUUUGGGUCAGA